UGCGAAUGCGAUUUUUUUUGACUUGUCAAGAAUUUAUGAAAAAAACUCACAAUGAUUUCUGAGUAUGUUUAAAAAAAAUGUGAAUAAAAUGGAUUCUAAACUUUUAUUACUUUCUUUAUUGUCCUUAUUUCCAAGUGUAUUAUGCGAUGCAAGUCUACAGAUAAUGAAGAAGGUGGAUAAGUCCUACAUCCCGUUGAGUUCAACGGAUUCUCGUUUUUGUCUUGUGGAGGAGAAGGUUGGGGCACAUUUUUCUCUGCUUUGUGAGUUGGUCUUUUCUCGCAAUGAGACAGGAUAUGAUGAUCAUAUCUCAUGGAUUAAAAAGUCUAACAGAUUCAACGCCACAGUUGAUUUUGAUAAACUGAGCGCCAAAAAUCUGGAAGAUUUUUACGAUUCCUUGGCUUCAAGCGAGCUUAAUAAGGCAGAAAAGAAAUUUGAUCCAUUGAAAGUCAGCGACAAUGGUAGUUACAUUUGUUUCACUGUAAAAUACAAGAAAUAUAUCAACAUAGAUAUUGUGGUACGGAGCGAUGAGAGGAUCAUAGUAGAUCGACCGAUGGUGUUCAGAGAACCAAUGUUCUGUACAGAUACCAUGUUUAAAUGUAUGUCCAAUGGUGUUUGUAUCAUUCGUCAUUAUGUAUGUGAUGGAAGGGCCGACUGUAAGGAUGGAUCUGACGAGAGUUUUGAAAAUUGUAAUGGAGACCCUUGCAAAGAUAAGCUGAGAUGUGACGAUGGGAGAUGCAUACCAACAGCUUGGUGUUGCGAUAGGAACGUCGAUGCUAACUGUACAGUUACAAAUAGGCCUAAGUGUUGUCAGGUAUCGUCUGAAACUUAUGAAGAAUUAGAAUACGGACUUCCGAAUUUAACUGCGGUGCAACAGAACAAUGCAAGUGCAAAAUAUCUGUUUAUUUCAGUUUGCAUACUGAGUAUACUCUUUUCUCUGGUUCUCCUGCUCCUGAUCCUAUCGAAAGUGAUGAUGUUCGCCAAAAAGACAUCUUUACAACAGAGACAUUGUCCUCCGGAUGUAGCAUACUACCAUCAGGGCUCCGCCAGAACCGGCAGAGACCAAAGUAUAGCCAUGUGCCACAUCCCGUAUAACUUUUACUCCUUCAGAGACAAUCUCAGGGACGACUUGAGAAACCUACCAGCGGAAGAAUCGGACUUAGGGAACCCCCUUCUGGAUUUACCCGGCAGAAAUCUGGAUGAUCGACCCCCCACCUACGGGGAACUCGAACAAAGCAGAUAUUCUGAACCACCUCCCCCAUACACCAGUCGGGAGGUUUUGAACGAAGACAGGAAUUGAGUCUGAGUCCGAGCAAAUUGGAGUAAAUUAGAAGUUUUGUCCUUUACGUCGUUCGGAAUGUUUUUGGGAGAGUUUUCUUCCGGAAUAUUUCGUGGAGUAAAACGGAGGAUGUCUGAAUGGUUUUUGUACUUCUCGGUUUUACUCUACCGCUUUUAUCUCAUAUUUUCGUUAUUAGACUGACAACCUGAUUUUUCGGGAAUAUUUUUGUAAAUAUAAUGAUUAGGAAAAAAACUUGGGGCGUCUGAAGCUCAAAACGUUGGCUCAUAUCAAGUUGAAGUUUUUGACAUAUCAGUAGUUGCAUAUCUUUGUUUUUCGUAGUAAAUAUCGUGAUUUUUGUCGCAAUAUGUUUGUGAUUGAAUUUUACCCCUUGAGAUUAUACAGAAAAUUAUCCGACAUAUCCUGUAACUUUGUAUUACCUUUAUUUUUAACGAGCGAGAUUUAUGUAUACUAUUUUAACUUUUAUGUAUUUUUUGUAAAUAGCAGGAGUCCUUCUUGAAACUGAAGAAACAGUAUUUUACCUAGUGAGUACGGAUAGGUUCGAAAGCUCAAACUGCAUUAAGCAUGAAAAUGUGAAUGAUCGAUUUUGGAUUGUUGUGCUUGAUUAAAUGAAAUUGACAAUAUUUUUCGAGACUUUCUUGACCAGUACAAACAUAUCUAAUAAAGCUUAUUUUAGUAA